UUGGCAAAGCAAAUCUCCAAAUUACUUCACCUUCACUAUUAUGCCUUUGCAAACUGCAACCUCCGCUAAUCAUUCAUGACGGCCGGCGCAUGGCCGGCCGCCGCCGCCGCCGCCACCUCCGCGCCACUGUCCGCCGCGGUGCGCGGGGCCAUGCGCACGCUCGGCCACCUCCUUCCCCGCCCCCAACCCUCCGCCGCCGCCGCCGCCGCCUUCUCCUCCUCUCCCCACACCCUCCACGACUACAACCGCCUCCUGGAUGCCUUCGCCCGCGACGGCGACGGCGACGCGGCGCUGCGGGUGCUCCGCCGCAUGCGCCACUCCUCCCCGGCGUGCGCGCCCACGGCCGCCUCCUACACCUCCGCCAUGUCGGCGCUCGCCAAGGCCGGCCGCCCCGCCGACGCCGCGGCCCUCUUCGACGACAUGCUCGCCAAUGGCGUCGCCCCCGACCGGUGCGCCUUCUCCUUCCUCCUCCACGUCUACUCCUCCCACCUCCACCUCCCGUCGGCCGCGCACUCCGUCCUCGUCUGGAUGUCCCGCCUCGGCCUUCCCCCGACUCCCAUCGACUACGCGGACCUCGUCUUCUCCUUCUGCCGCGCGGGCCGCCUCCCGGACGCGCUCCAGCUGCUCGACGAAAUGCGCGCCCUCAAUUACCCGCUCACCCUGCACAGCUACACACCGAUCCUCCAGGUGUACUGUGCCAAUGCUGAUAUGCAGUCGGCUGAUGCGCUCAUCAGCUCCAUGCGCUCCACUGGAUGCCACCCCGAUGUCGUAUUUUACAACAUCUACGUAAAUGGGUUAUGUAAGGUUGGGGAUUUUGAUGCUGUCCAGAGGACCAUUGAUGAGAGUGGCCGGAAUGGGUGGGUGCCAGAUGCAGUUACAUACAGCACCUACAUUGCUGGGCUUUGCCGGUUCGGGUAUGUCGAAGAGGCACUCCGGCAGCUGGAAAUCAUGGUAACGAUGGGGUUACAGCCGACAGUAGUUGGUCUGAACAUACUGCUCGACUAUGUUGCCCAGGACCUUGAUAUGUGGGCAGGCAAGGAGGUGCUGGAACGAUGCCAGGAGCUUGGCUUUGUGGUAGAUGUCGUGACAUACAAUACGGUCAUGGAUCAUUUCUGCAAGAAGAGGAAAUGGCUGCGUGUUCUAAAACUGUUCACAGAUCUUCUCAAGAAGCCCAUAACACCCAAUGUGCAAACGUGCAACAUUUUUAUUUCAUGCUUGUGCCGAGCUGGAAAGUUUCAGUUUGCCAAGUUUGUGUUCAGCAGCAAGGGGUUCAUGGCAGACACUGUGACUUGUAACAUUCUAAUUCAUGCAUUCUAUGAGGCCGGGAAGGAGGAUGAGCUUGGUUUUCUGUUCGCUGAUGUGAAUGCGGGUAAAAUUGCCCCAGAUACGAUCACAUACAAUACGCUGGUUGAUUGCCUCUUUAGGUCAGGGAGGAGAGCCGAGGCUGUCAAUUUGAUCAGACAUAUUGAUGAUGGCUAUCCUGUUGAGCCUGUUGCACGCUUGGCGUAUUGGUUGGUUAGGAGUGGAAAUGUUCGUGAGGCAUUGAGGUUGUUUGAUGAUAUGCUAGAAAAAGGAUUGUUAUUAGAUAGUAGGAUUUUUGCUAAUGUCAUCAAGGCAUUCUGCAGAAAGGGUCCAGGGGAAUGCACAGAAAUGCUGCAGCUGUGUUCUGUAUUAGAUAGGAUGCUUGGAAUUGGGUGAUCCUUCUGUUUAAUGUGUUUAUAACUUGGAAGUGCUUGAUUGGAGUUAAGGAAAAAAAAGGGACAACUUGAGAGUGCUCAUAGGUCUGCCAAGUCUUUUUCACUACUUUACAUGGUAGUGGCAUUGUUUUUGGACAUGUACUAUCAGUGAAUAGCCAAUGAAGGUAAAAUUCCUGUUGCUUUUGUCAUGCAAAUUUUCAUUAAUAUACUCUGCUGAUAUAAUCUGUCAGCCAACACUUGUAAAGUACUUGCUGUAAAAGCCCCGGUGUUAUAAUUUUUUUGAUAAAGCAUAUCUGGAAUAAAUACCCACUUGCAUGGCA